AUGGGCAGCCUCCCGCAUGCCCUCAAGCCGGAUCUUGAUAUGGAGUCGUUCUUCGACUUCAACCAGGGCACUUCUCUCAACUCUCCUCAACUCUCGGGUCCUACCCCCCGCCCCUCGAUUGAUGCCUCGGCCUACUACAACGCACCCUCGCCUUUCGAGGCAGACGACGCCCACAUGUUUGCCGGCCCAAGCCAUGAAUACGAUCGUUUCAAGCAGCAGACCGGCCUCCCGGUUGGUUCUGUCGCCAGUUUCUCUGCAUUGAACCAGCCCGUCUCUGACACUUUCACCCCCAGCCAUGCCUUUGGCGGCUUCAACUCGGGCAUUGACGACAUGUCCUUUGACCCCGGCUUUGGUGGUUCGUGGUCCUCUGGCAUUGACGUCGAUGCCGACAUGAACAUGGACUUCAACGCCACCCAGGCCAUCCCUACCAUCUACUACCCUCAGCCCGGUCCUUCCCAGCAGCGUACUGCCGAUUUUGUCGACCCGGCCUCCAUCGGAAACAGCGAGGCUUCUCCCGCCAACGCGGGCAGAGUAUGGCCUGGUAUGCACCAGCAACAGGCACAGCAGGCAGCUAUGGCCAAAGCUCAGGUCCAGGCUCAUGCUCAGCAGCAAAGAAUGCAAUACGAGGCUCAGCAGCAGCAGCAGCAGCAGCAGCAGCAGCAGCAACAACAGCAAAGACGUCUAGCUCAGCAGCAGCAAGCACAGCAGCAGCACCAACAGCAUCAACAACAACUCGAAGUGAAACCUAACAGAAGCCGUGCUUCUUCGUACCAAUCUGACCCUCACACCGAGGAAAGCAUCUCUCGUCUGCUGAACCAGAUGCGUCAAGGUAGUGCUGUGCCUUCUGGCAAGGAAGACUCUGCCAACGGCAUGCUUCCUCAUGUUGCUCGCAUGCGCAAGGAAGAGGAAGACAUGGAUGAGGAUGAACGUCUGCUCAACAGCGAAGAGGGCAAGAAGCUCAGCAGCAAAGAGAGACGUCAGCUGCGAAACAAAGUUUCUGCUCGUGCUUUCCGCUCUCGCAGAAAGGAGUACAUCUCACAGCUCGAAGGCGAAGUGGCCAUGAAGGCACAGGAGGCCAACGACCUGAGAGUGGAGAACCGCAGUCUUCAAGAGGAGAACGGCCGCUGUCGCCGCCUCAUUGAGGUUCUGCUGCGCCACCCCUCGUAUGCUCCUUUCAUUGAGGACAUUAGCAAGGACCCCAGCAUUGCUGGUCCUCUAGGCCAAGGUCAACAGGGUGCUGCUGGUUCGGUACCUUCUCAGCGUGAAGCUCCUCUUGACAUGUCUCUGCUGAACCUGAACAAUGGUCUUCAGGUCCCUAGCAACUUCCAGUAA